CGAUCCAGAAAAAUAGAACAGAGGGAAAAUGGCUCAGCUAGCCAGAAACGCCGGACGCGUACUCUCCCAGACGACGCCGUAUCACCACCGCUCCGCCCUCGCCUCUAUUCACACCACCCUCCCUUCUCUCGCCGCUUCCUCUUCCUCCGCCCCGACGCCCUACUCUUCUGCCCCUCCUCCUUCGACCUCGUCGCCCGCCGGGAUAUCUAAGGCGGCGGAGUAUGUGAUCUCGAAGGUCGAUGACCUAAUGAACUGGGCUCGCCGAGGCUCCAUCUGGCCCAUGACCUUUGGGCUGGCCUGCUGCGCUGUCGAGAUGAUGCACACCGGGGCCGCGCGCUACGAUUUGGAUCGGUUUGGAAUCAUUUUCAGACCCAGCCCCAGGCAGUCGGAUUGCAUGAUUGUUGCUGGAACUCUCACCAAUAAGAUGGCUCCUGCUCUCCGCAAAGUGUACGAUCAAAUGCCUGAGCCUAGGUGGGUUAUAUCUAUGGGAAGCUGUGCAAAUGGUGGUGGUUACUACCACUACUCAUACUCUGUUGUCAGAGGCUGCGACAGGAUUGUCCCAGUCGACAUCUAUGUUCCUGGUUGCCCGCCCACUGCCGAGGCCCUUCUCUAUGGACUUCUCCAACUGCAGAAGAAAAUCAACAGGCGCAAGGAUUUCCUUCAUUGGUGGACCAAGUGAAGGCAAUUGCUGCUUUGCUUGGACUCUGCUUUGGCUGCAUGUUUGUGGAAAAUAAAUCAAACUGGUUGUAGCUUGUCCAUUACUAAAUGUUGAAGAAGGGAGAGAUAUAUUCAGAUCAUAACUUGUUGAAGUUUUUGGUUUCCUGUUCGUAACCAGCGUGAACUCUUCGAGGCCUGUUUAUUGCCUGUAUGUCAAUAAGAAUUCCUGGUGGCGCUGUUGCCAUAUCAGUGGUUUAUUGAAGAAUAUUCAUUACUGUGAUGGUGGUGAAACUUCCACUUAUGGAUUUUAAUUAUCUUUUAAUGGGAAGAUGAUACUGUAUUAUUGUUCUACUAGUA